AUGUCCGACUACUUCCCCACAGAAGUGUUGACCGAAAUACUCUCAAGACUUCCGGCCAGAUCUCUACUCAGAUUCAGGUGCGUUUCUAAGUCUUGGCUCUCUCUCAUCACCAGCCCUGAUUUCAUCAGUCUCCACCUCAAUCAAUCCCACCACCACAACAACAACCCUCACCUCCUCAUCAAAUACUAUUCUCUGGACCACAAAAAGGAGCGCUAUUCGCUCCGAUUCGACGACGAAACACUGACCGAGUCCUCCGAACUCAAAUGCCCAUUCAAGACUCGCAGAAAUAGCUUCUUCCGCAUAGUGGGUAUUUGCAAUGGGUUGAUUUGCCUCUCCGACGACCAGUUUGGUUACACCUAUACUGUAAUCGUCUGGAACCCUGCGAUUCAGAAGUGUGUGAACCUUCCCAAGCCUCGCAUUUGUUUCGACACCUAUGGACCAUACAUGUUCGCUCUUGGGUUCGGCUUUGAUUCUCGGACCAACGAUUUCAAGGUUGUGAGAAUCGCUUACCUUCGCUAUAAAAUUGGUUCGUGGGUCGCCGGUGACGGGAUCGAAGCCUCGUUGUUUGGAGGGGAAGAUGACUACAUUGUUCCUCCUGAGGUGGAGGUCUUCGCGCUCAAAACUGGGUCCUGGAAAACAAUUGACACCAGUCACACCAAGGUGCCUCCAUAUAACAUGGUUGAGUAUUUCUGGUCUGCCCCUUUUGUCAAUGGGUCUAUACAUUGGCUUAUGUAUAGUAAAUUGAAGGAGGAUUUGGACCUGAGUUUUCGUUGCACGAUUAUUGGGUUUGAUGUGGGUGGUGAGGUUUUCUGUGAGCUGAACCUGCCCGAGAAAUUGGCUGAUGAGAAUCCACUGAACUUGACCAUUGCAGUGUAUGAGGACACACUUUCGGCGUUCCAGUAUGGUGAUCGGGCGAAGAUUAAGCGUUGUUCGGUGUGGGUGAUGAAACAGUAUGGUGUGGUGGAGUCCUGGAGCAAGUAUUUUAAUGUUGAUUUGCAAGUAGGAACCUUAGGGGCUGCACUUGGGUUUAGGAGGAAUGGUGAGCUACUGCUUGCUAGGAGGAAUGGCCAGCUGAUUUCGUAUUACUCUGAUAACAGAGAAGCUAAGUGUGUUGGAAUUUCUGGCGGUAGAGACUCGAUUUAUGUGGGUACCUAUGCUGAGAGCCUCGCAUUGCUUGAUGGAGUGAAUGCCAUCUCCGGUGCUAAGGUAGAUUCUUGUGAUAUGGUUAAUUCCGAGGAAGAACCUGUUCCUAAUGGACCAGGUAAAAAUGAACUAAAAGAAAACGCAUACAAGCAUUUGAUUUUUUCCACGGUUUCUCUAUAA